AUGAUACAGGGAACAAUUAUAACAAGUUAUUGCUUGCAAGGACAGCUGUUGAUGUCGCACCUUUACUUUCUACGUGGAAAGUUGCUUCAGCAUAUCUUACUACCCAUCGAUUGGAUGAGGGACAUCGACGAAUUCAAGAAACUGUUGAAAUACUUCAAUGACGGAUUAGGCCCAGCUGUAUGCAUCUAUACUAUAGUGAAUCUAUCAUGGGCUACUGCGGGUAUUGUAUGGCUAUUUCAAUACUAUAUCAAUGAUGCGAAUGAUAUGUAUCCAAUCACGUAUGUUAAUGUGAUGAAUAUCGUAUUAUGGAUUUUGAUAUCGAUUGCUCCAUUUAUACAGGCUGCGCGCUUAACGAAUGCUUGCUCCAUGAUCCGAGCCGUAGGACACGAGAUACGUAUCCGACCGUUCGUGUAUCAAACCACUCCUGGAGAAGAUCUCGAUAGUAUACUUUUAUAUACAUCUUCUCUGAAGAUGUGCGCCAAAUUAUUCAGAAUACCUAUCAAAGGUAGAUAUUUAUGUCUUUUACUAACUAUCGGCAGUAUUUCUAUCCUUACUUUAGGACAGUGCCAAUUUUUCUUAUAAUUAUAUAUAUAGCAUUUUAAUCGAAAUUGUGUUAUAAAAUGCAUCGAGUAUUUUCGAAAUAUAUUCUCUCUAUAUUUUUUAAAAAAAUUAUUUGUGCAUAGAACAUAUAUUAUUAAUAUCCAUUUUAUUUAGAUAAAUUAUUUAGACCUAACAAUUUUCUUAGAGAGAACAUUUAUAUAUAUAUAUAUAUGUAAUAUGUAAAUAAUUGUAAAUUGUACAUUAUAUAUAAAAAAAAACGUUUUAUGUUAAAUUUAGAUUGAGAAUUUUAAUAAUAAGGUUCCCUGUGUUUUUUAUAUACUUUUGAUAUACAUCUCUAUGACAUUGCAACAUAAUUUAAACAAGAAUAGAAAUCAAGAAAGAUAAAUGAAAUAUUGGAAAAGGUAUUUUAUUCACUCCUCAUUAUAUCGUCCAAUACAUUACAUUCUCCAGUGAUGGCAGUAAUAUUGCAACAGACUGGAACGAAUUAUAAUUUACAUUUUUAACUUACUUGCAACAUGUAAAUCUACAAAUAUUUAAUGAAUAUUUUCUUUCCAAAAAUUUUGUAUUUAUUGUAUUUAUAAGCUAUGAGAAAAAUGCAAAAGUUAUAUGCAUUGUUAAUAUGAUACUAAUUGCAAUUAUUUAUAAUAGAGGUACAUGUACAAGAAAAAUAUUCAAGUAUUCAGAAAUAUAUAAAUAUUCCCAACAUGGCAUUAAAAAUUGAACGAAAAUCCAUGAUCGAUAUUGUCGAUUGCUAUGUGUCUUCUUGCAUUUCAUUAAAUUGAUUUACAGGUGACUUUAUUGACAUAUAUAAAUUCAAUAGUCAAUUUCAUAAAUUCAUGAAAUGUGAGUUGCGCGUUAGCGCCAUUUUAUCAAACACAAAUAUAUAUUUUGUAUAGUUAUUUUAUACAACCACCACACACAUACUCAGUUUCGAAAUAUUCGCAAAAAUUCUUGGCGAUGUGUGUGAUUCGAAAUAUUAAGUCUUGAAGAUUCGAGAUACGAGAUGGUCACAGAAAUUGAACGAGAUAAUAGUCGAUUUAGAUACAUACAUUGUUAUUACUACUGGAUAAAACAAUGUUAUUUUUAUAUCUAGACGCGUAUUAACAGGGAAACUUUUGUACGUGAAUAAUUAUGAAAUAAAUCUAUUUUUUGUUAA